AUGAGAGCCGCAACUACGACGAAGUUUACUUCUCAAAUGCCUUCAGACAUUCAAGUGGAUUUUUCUAGACAGCAAACAAAGUCAUCAGGAGUGUCGCCACUAACAAAGACUGAACUAGAAUCCGGCUCCAUCUCGAUUCGUUCCUUCAAUCGAAUGCAGACGUCUAACUCAACAUUGCGAGCUUGGCUUGAAUUGGCUGCCGUCUUGCCCGAAUGCCUUACUCUGGACGAAUCAGGCUUCCUUAUCAUAUAUGACCUCCGUCUGCAUCUUAUUUAUCUCAAUUUUGGGCUUCCUCCUCCCGGAAUCAUUCCUCCUCAGGACUGGCUUCCAGCUGAGCUUCUCUCGUUGCCAUGUGAACAACUUUUCGCCUACACCUGUCUGUUUAUGCGGCAUCUUUAUGAACCGGAGGCUUUGGACGACACUGUAGCUUUAUGGUCAGAUGGUCUCCCUAAGGAAUUUGUGAACGGUGCGUCCGUACUUUCUCGUGUGGCAAUGAUGGCAAUGAUAAGGAAGAAGGUUUCCGAGUUUGAGGAUUUCAACGGCCUUGUCAGCUAUGUAGCAGAGUGCAGGCCUCCCCAGCUCAAUGGAGGCUUGUUUUCUGCGUCCUCACCACUUCCUGAAUUUUUAUCCUAA